AUGCCAGAUCUCGGUGGCACAUCGUGCUCGAGUAGUGCUGUGGAGUUGUUCACUAGGAGGAAGCUCAUGGUGAAUUACUUGACACCGCGCAGUUACCCAGAAGAAAGGCGGCGCGAGACGAGAGGCAAGAAACCUCUGGGGUGGCGCAUGGGAACUUACAGGAUAUUUGGUAUGGGUCAAGUUCGCGGCCUGUGUGUGGCUCAUGCCCUGGCCAUCUGCUCCUCUGCAAACAAAGAGGCCACAGCGCUGCAGCACCAUGCCCGACGCACACAACUGGCCUGGAGAAACCAGGUUUCGCUUCUUCUUUGGCCAGCGCCUUGCGGUAUUGAGCCUCAUCUUGCCGCCGUGGCCGCCGCAAAAGGUCACAAUGGCCUCAUAUGGCCACAAAUGGCCCCGAUGGCCGCAAAUGGCCGCAAAUGGCCCCGGUGGCCUCAUGUGGCCGUAAUGUCGCCCGGUGAUGGGGCUCAGACUCGACAAGUCGGAACAUUUAAGGGACGCCGAGUCCGUAAGAUUCCCAGUUCGAACGGUGGUCAUUUCCGCUUCCCUUCCAGCUUAACCCAACGAGAUCGAUCUUCACCUCAUCCUACUACUCUCCUCACUACGCCGCACGACAUGGCUGACGACAGCAUCAACCUCUAUCAGAGCGAACCGUUCGGCGAAGCCCUGAGCCCACAGGGCGACACCGAUCAUAGGCUACUUUUCUUACGUCAUGCUUCGAAUGGAUCCAAGGUUCCCGCAUUCGACCUCUCUAUUCUUCUACACCUCGGAUCCGGACCUCGACGAUACGAAACUACCCUCGGGUCACAUUGCCUUUCCACUCAGUACUUGACUGCUGAUGGCACAUUCGUGUGGACACAUUACAUUCCGGACCUCAUCAAACGGACUUGCAGACGCAGCAAACAUGGACCCAGGACAACCCAAAAGGCCAACGGAUAUGCUCAAAACCGCCACGGAUCCGGUCUUAUUAUAAUUCCUUGGUAUGUGUCCCUGUCGGGACUUCAAGGACUUGACGAUGCUCAUCGGAGCUCCGCCGGCAAGGAUUCAAGGAACCCCCAGCUGGACUACAUGCUAUGAUGGAUCCCUUGGAAUAAACCCGAGCAGUUGAUCUAUCCGAGCCCGGGUAUGAAAACUCCGAAAGCUUAAAUGCACCGUGUAUGUAUAUCCCACUAAACUGCGGCUGCAUUUUGGCCGAAGGAAUUCCUUACCCGGACGGAGGUACUUCCAUCGCAAGGCGUAAUUCUGAGGAUCCUGAGCACCAAGCCCCUGGAUGGAUUUCCUCUGGAUCCUUGCCAGGACCUCGCGAUCCCGGGAGCCAGGAAAAAGAAAGCGUACCCCAUACAUCACGU